AUGGCUCUUGAUCCGUCCGCCACGUCGGUGCAACCUACAGGACUUGGACUUAUUCUUCUUGUCCUUUCCAUAUUCUUUCUUAUUCCUAUAUCGAUCGUUGUUGCUCUAAGGUGCUUCGCUCGGGUCAAGUAUCGUCUUUUCGGUGUCGACGAUGGCCUGAUGCUUGUGGGCUGGAUGCUACAUGUUGCCUUUACAUCCAUAAGCAUAAAGCUUAUCUACACUGGUUUAGGGACCAAGGAUAAAUAUUUAAACGAUUACUUGCAAGGUGUCACACGACAAUGGCUAUGGAUCGGACAGGUCGUCUAUAGCUUCUCACUAAUUCCCCUGAAAUGUUCCAUCUGUGUUACUCUUCUCCGAAUCGCCGUAGCCAGAACCCAUCGCAUCAUCGCCUGGGGGACCCUUGUGUUCACAGUGGUGUCGACCGGAGCAGCUACGCUUGUGCUAUUUGUCGUUUGCAGUCCCUUGUCUUCAAAAAUGACUCAAGCAGAUAUAGAGUCAUGCCCGUCCAAGACAAUUCUUAUCGGCUAUAUCGUAUCUGCCAGUGCAGUCAUUAUCGACUGGAUUUGUGCCCUACUCCCAAUCUUUAUGCUGUACAAGUCGAAAAUGAAGAAAGCGACCAAGAUUUCCGUUAGUAUUAUACUUGGACUGGCUGCUUUGGCUUCACUUUGCACCAUCAUUCGACUUCCUUAUAUAAAGUACUACACUGAACCAUCAAAUUACCUUUACAACGUCACAAAUAUUGUCAUAUGGUCAACCGUCGAAUCGGGCAUCGGAAUCGUAGCUGGCUCCCUACCUUCGCUUCGCAAGCUCGCCAGCAACCGCUUCCAUUUCGAUACCUCAGCUGGUAGCACUCCAGCCCAUAGCACACCAUUUUCUGGCGGAAGUCGAGCUGUCAUUACUUCGAAUUCGGUGCCGGCUACGCGACGAAGCCACAUACACAGGGGCCAGGCAGAAGGCGAAUGGGAACAGCUUGACGAUGGUUCGUCUAGUAAGAGGAUAUAUGUCCAGGUUCAUCUGGAGAUGCACACAUUGGAGAGGUCGACGACGCCUCGAUCCGACGGGUCCCGUGAUGACCUUGUAUACCGUACGGCCUAA